CUUGAACAAUAAAAGAAAAGAAUAAUAAAAUAAAAAUAUACGUAUCUUAUUUAUUUAAUUUUUUUAAGUUAUAUCAUCCUCAUGUUCAAUAUGAACUGUAACAAUUAUUGCAAUAUAUACAAUUAUGAUUAUCAUACACCUACGGAGUGGAGAUAUAACAGUGAACAAGAAAUCACAGCAGCAGAAGAACAACGAGAAUUGGCCCAAAGGUUAACACUUGAAGCCGAUCGGUUAUUUGGCCAAGCUAAAGAUUCUGUGAUUAAAAAUAAAUUGGACAUUGACUACCAAUCUAAGGUGAAAGUCAAGGACAUAGAGUACAAAUGUAAGGAAAUUGAAAAACAAAAAGGCGAUCUGGAUGAAGAAAUUUGUUUGCUGUUGGGCUAUCAGGUGCGCAUUGAAAAUGCCAACAAAUUGCUUGUUGGUGAUGCUCUUGACGUUAUUGCUGAAUGUCUUAGGUUAAGAAACUGUCGUCAAAGUAUGGAUUUGGUGUUUGACGACGUCGAAAAAGAACUGUUACGAGAACGCGAACUGAUCUUUGGUAUCAACGAUCAACUUGAAGAAUUACAAGACAAAGUCAUGUUACAGAUUAGAAAACUGAGAACAUUCGUUUACAAUUUAACUGUGGAUUUACGUCGUAAGAAAAAUGCCUUAAAAAUUGAAGAACAAAACGAAAAUCUCAACGAAGACAACGUCGAAAUAUCGAUUUUAAACAACAGAAACAUAUUCAAGCCUGCUACGAUUUCGACAACGGAAUGGGAUCAAUUCACAUUAGACAUAAUUUCGGCGGCCAAUAAAGUACUAGUGGACGGACGGCCCAUUCGUGCAUUUUUUGACAAGUGUCUGAAUAAGAUGUUCGAGGACCUUGUAAGCCAAUCGGCCGCAGUCGACUUGGCAUUUAAAUUGCGAGUAGAAGAAUACCUUGAAGUAAUAGAAAAAUUGAACGAACAAAGAGUUGAAACAAUCAAAAAUGUCGAAGAAGUACAAGAAACGAUUGAAAAAAUGAAAAAAGCUAUUGACGACAGGGAGGCGUACUUAGCGCUAGCCCACUCACGGUUGUUAAACCGGACGCGCAGAGAGGGCGUCGAACUGUGCCGGGAUGAGCUGGAAUUGAGAUUGUACGAUGAGGUGGUCCAAUUGGAACGCGACGUGAAAAGUCUGCAAAAUAUGAUGGCCGAAUCUGUGGAAUGCCGUAGACGUCUCAAACAGUCUACCGCCCGUAUCGAUGUACAGUUACAAGUCAAACAGAAUUCUUUACAUAUCGACAAUGAGCUGUGCACCGAACAACGGAAACGCAUCAACUACCGAGCUUUUUGAAAUACUCGUCGGACGCGAAUCCGUAGAUUGAUUUUUUUGUUCUCUCAAGGGGAGGGUCAAAAUUGUAUGCUUAUUUCUUUCUCCUCGACACUACAUUUAUUUACAUAUAAUUUACAUAAUAAGAAAUAUUAUUUCUUUACAAAAUUCUCAAAUCAUAUUCAUAGGUACUAGUAUUCGAAUUAUUGUUGUACGAUUCUGAUUUAAUACAAUUGCCUAAUAGGCCUAAUGGCUCUACUCCUGAUACACAUUGCCCUAUAGUGCCACAUAUACUGUCGUAUUAAUACACUUAUGUUAUAAAUAAUAUCUAGGUACCCAUGAUAAUUCCAUGUUACUAAUUAGCGAUUCACUUUCAAAAUACGCAUACAAAUUUAUAUUUAUGUAACUUCUGUUUUUACUAAUUUUAUGAAAAAAUAUCGGCCUACUCACUACUUGCAAGAUACCUAUACACCACCAAAGCUUUCAAUUCGACGUUUCGAUUUAUUUUUGUGUUUCCCUUGGAACAGAAUACGAUUGCAUAAUGAAGCAAAUGAGCAUAAUCCUCAGGGAGAUAAUAAUCUCAUGACUAUAAAUUAGUAUUAAAUCGCUGUAUACUAUUACUACUUUACUAGUAUUACUAUAAGAUUUAAAUCAAUGGUACCUAUAUAGAAUAACCAUGCAAGAAAAGUCAAGGGAAAUGUUUUAAUUAUGAACCUACAAUCUACAUAUACCAUAAAUAAAUAUUAAAUAUAGUAUAUUGCUCGUGUAUGCUUUAAGCACGGUUUGUCUCAUCUCCAUGAGUCCUUAUUUGCACCGUUACGUCAAUUCUUAUUUACUCUGAUAACCGCAAUAGUCCUGGUGUAGAAUAAUUAUAAUUGCAUGGGAGUUUUGUAUAGGCUAUCAAAGGUACACCACUGUCGUCUAUGCAAUUUAGUAUUUUACGAUAUCCAUUUUCGUAUAUCCAACAAAAAUGAUACACAAUUAUCAUAUUGGAUAUGAAAUCUGAUUACGAAAAUAUCACUUUCAACGUACAUUACAAUUAAUGAAGCUAAUUUUAUCUGUUAUAAUUACACAAUUUAUAGUCAAAUUACUACGUAAUGAGCUUUCACAAGUCAUUGAUUAUACAUCAACAUUAUAUUAAAAUUAAAUACUAACUCUAUAACACGCCUAGUGUGCCAUGGUUAAAAAUUAAAAUUAAUCUACCGUUCUUUCGUUUUCCGUUUUACUUCAGUCGAAAUAAUAAUUCAAAUGCAAUUUAUUACAAUGAUUAAUUUUCUCAUUUUCCACUUCUUAAUUAUUAUUUCUGGGCGUGUUCUUAAAAUUAGACGUAAAUCCAAUAUCAUUAACAUUAGUCGUAUUCGUUCUUAUAUAUUUAUAUCACAAAUAUUUCCGAAAUUAAACAAGAAAAUCAUUGUAAUUGUAUAUUUUAUCGAAUUUCAUUAAAUACACUUGUAAAAAUUAUAUGUA